UGUUGUUCGAAAGGCCAGCUGUCACUUUUGGUAGAAAAAAAAGAAAACACGCAAGCGGAGAUUUUUUGGUGAAAACGGUGAAUAUUUGAUAAAAAAAACAGUGAAAAAUUGUGGUAAAAUGGCUACAACUCUCGAAGAUAAGUCUAUUUGGGAGGAUUCCGAGGAGGUUCUGAGUGAAGAAGUGCUGCGGAUGCCUACAGAUGAGAUAGUAAGUCGCACAAGGAUGAUGGACAAUGAAAUUAAAAUUAUGAAUAGUGAGGUUAUGCGGAUCAAUCAUGAGCUGCAGACUCAAAAUGAUAAAAUAAAGGAGAAUACGGAGAAGAUAAAGGUGAACAAAACCCUUCCGUACCUCGUGUCGAAUGUGAUUGAGCUACUGGAUGUGGAUCCGCAGGAAGAGGAGGAUGAUGGGGCUGUGGUGGUGCUGGAUUCACAGCGAAAGGGAAAGUGCGCUGUCAUCAAGACAUCCACAAGACAAACAUACUUUUUGCCAGUGAUUGGUCUGGUGGAUCCGGAAAAGUUGAAGCCAGGUGACUUGGUGGGAGUCAAUAAGGAUUCCUAUUUGAUCCUGGAGACUCUGCCAGCUGAGUAUGAUGCUCGUGUGAAGGCUAUGGAAGUGGAUGAGAGACCCACGGAGCAGUAUUCGGAUAUUGGUGGAUUGGAUAAGCAAAUUCAGGAGUUGAUUGAAGCUGUUGUGUUGCCAAUGACGCAUAAGGAGAAAUUCAAGAAUCUUGGUAUUCAUCCACCCAAGGGGGUGCUUCUUUAUGGACCUCCUGGCACAGGAAAGACUCUCUUGGCGCGUGCCUGUGCUGCUCAGACCAAGUCUACUUUCCUGAAAUUGGCCGGACCACAGUUGGUGCAGAUGUUCAUUGGUGAUGGAGCCAAAUUGGUGAGAGAUGCUUUUGCCCUGGCUAAGGAAAAAGCUCCAGCUAUUAUCUUCAUUGAUGAACUCGAUGCCAUUGGCACGAAGCGUUUCGAUUCUGAGAAGGCUGGAGAUCGUGAAGUGCAGCGAACGAUGCUUGAGCUACUCAAUCAACUGGAUGGAUUCAGUUCCACGACUGACAUUAAGGUGAUUGCUGCGACAAAUCGUGUGGAUAUCCUCGAUCCGGCCCUUCUGCGAUCUGGACGUCUGGACAGGAAAAUUGAAUUUCCGCAUCCAAAUGAAGAAGCCCGGGCACGUAUUAUGCAGAUUCAUUCACGCAAAAUGAACGUGAGCCCUGAAGUGAAUUUUGAAGAACUCGCACGAUCCACAGAUGACUUCAAUGGAGCCCAGUGCAAGGCAGUUUGCGUGGAAGCUGGUAUGAUUGCCCUCAGACGUUCUGCCAGCAAUGUAACACACGAAGACUUCAUGGACGCGAUCAUGGAGGUGCAGGCAAAGAAGAAGGCCAAUCUCAACUACUACGCCUAAGGAUUUCCCUCAAAAUUUUCUUCUAACAAAAAUGUCUGAAGCUUUUUUUUUAUAGUAAGCUAAUCCUCCGGAGGAAAUAAAACAAUUUUUUCGUCUA